CAUGUGAAAAUUAUAGUGCAAAUUAGAAAAAUUGAAUCGAACAGUUUGCGAAUAUUACUGUAAAAUUUAUUAACAUUUAACAGUGAACUUUUAAUAUUAAAUAUUUAAUAGUAAAUUUCGUUAAAAAUGUCAGAUAAUCUUCCAGAAAAUUGGGUGACGCGUACUUCAAAAUCAACAGGCAAAACAUACUAUUUUAACCUCCAAACAAACGAAAGCCAGUGGGACAAACCAGGCGAUGGUGGUGAAGAAGGGAAAGUUAAAGCAUCGCAUCUUUUAGUUAAACAUAACGAAUCUCGGAGACCCUCCUCCUGGAGACAAGACCAAAUCACAAGGACAAAAAACGAGGCAUUAGAAAUAUUGGAAGGUUAUAUCAAGCAAAUCCAGUCAGGUGCCUCAACAUUUGCAGAACUUGCGGAAACUGAGAGUGAUUGUAGCAGUGCAAAAAGAGGGGGAGAUUUGGGAUGGUUUGGACAUGGUCAAAUGCAAAAACCCUUUGAAGAUGCAACGUAUGCAUUAAAUGUUGGUGAAAUGAGCGGUGUUGUUUACACUGAUAGUGGCAUCCACAUUAUUCUUAGGACUGGCUGAAACAAACUAUUAGUUUUGUAAAUACAUAUAAAUUGCAUGCAAGGAUUGUACUUUAUUUACUAUCCAAUUGAAUACAUAAUUUGUAACCAGUAAUAUCAUUCGUUGUAUCGUUCAAAACAGUUUCAAUGGUUUUUUAUGUCAAUGGUUGUAUAUUUCACCAAAAUAAUCACCCAAGCUUUUAGACACAAUGCUCAAGACCUGACAU